CUGAAAAGAAGUAAACAAAUUUUGACAAUUUAGUCAAUUUGCGAUUUUGAGUUUUAAAUUAAAUAUUCAAAGCAUAUAAAAUGCACCGCUCCCAUCCGAGUAUCAGUCGCCGCAAACAUCUGAUGAAGGAGAUGAUGGAGGACGACUACGAGCUGCCCACGGAGAACCAGCAAAUUGUGAGGGUCGUCAGCAGUCGGGGAAACAAUCUCCACGAGGUGGAAACGGCCAAUAUCGAGGAAAACUUCUUAGUUUCGAUGCCUAACAAAUUCCGAAAGAGCAUGUGGGUGAAAAGGGGCGAUUUCCUGCUGAUCGAACCUAUUGAAGAGGGCGAUAAAGUCAAAGCCGAGAUCUGUAAGAUACUUACCCCAGAACACAUCAAGGAAUACACCAAAGCUGGCAUUUGGCCGGAUAAAUUCGCCAAGAAACCAGUGCAGGAGGAAUCAUCCAACAGAAAUCAAGAGGAUUCCGACUGUGAGGAUGAUCUCCUGCCCAAUACAAAUCGUCCUUUAAAUCAGGAAUCAUCCGAUGAAGAGGAUGAUGAUGAAACAUCCAGCGACGAAGACUGAAAUUCUUUUAUACGUACAAAAUUACUCUAUAUAGUUAAGAUUUUCUUAAAACUUGUUAAAAGCUUGGUCAAGAAUUAAACAAAAAUUGUUUGUUAA